AUGAAAUUGUCGCGUUGUUGCAGUUGCGUGUCGAACCGACGGAACGAAUCCGAUUUGCAUCCCCUCGUCGCUAUACUCGGGGUUCAUUUCAGGACAAAAGCGUUGAGGUAUUUAUUCCUGCUGGUGCGGAAAACCAGAGUUUUCAAGUAUCGACGAGGCUGGCUCUAUGGCAUCACCAGAUAUUACACACCCGAGGAUUUUCGGAUGCGUAACCCUCAUCGUCUACCGCGAGACAAUUUUCUCCGGGACAAGGAUGGAACAGGAAAACAUGGAACGGCUUCUUGUGAUUGGAAUUCCAGCUGCAACCCUGCUGCCCGACCCGACAUGAAUCCCACCAUAGCCGCCUUAAUGGCUCUCGCGCUGCUCCCCGCGCCCGGCGAAAGGCAGCAAAAAGAAGGGAGAAGAAAACGGCUGCAAAGCAGGACAAUGGGAAAGGGAUAUUUGCCUUCUUUCUGCUGGCCAUUACUGCUUCCGCACUUUUGCCGGCUUUUGGCAAUCACCAGAGACAGCACAACCCCGUCUCGUCUUGUUUGCAGCAGGGGAGGGCCCGCUGCUCAUCACGCCAUUGUUGCUCUGUCGCAUAUCCGCUCUUCCCAUUUCGUGUCCGCCAUCAACAACACGACGCGUCGUUGCGAGACAAAAGACGGUGGCAGCCACUUUCGCGUCAAAGGCUGCGUGACGACGACGACGACUGUGACGAGCAUACGACGCCACGCGUCUUGUGUGUCGACGAGAACGAACGUCGUCGGCAACCCGGGAGAGGGGGAAAAAAUGCAGAGAUUCCUGGUGCCCCGCAAGAGUCAAUGGCCCGUGGCAAUUUCUGCUCCGGCGGCCAAAUUUUCCGCGGCGGGAACUUCACCGCUGCGGCGCUUUGGAUCAACAUUCUCCACGGGGUCCCAAGAGCAAGAACUGCACACUUGA